AUGAAGUUCAUAUUUGUAUCCCUCUUCUCCCUUGGUCUCGCCGUUGCGACGCCUCCGGAACCUGUCAUUCUCAAACCGCUUCCCGACAAGGCCAAUUCAGGGUGCUACCACUACACAAUCUCAAAGAAAGAUCGCUGCUGCCUUCCUUACAUCUGCGCCUGCAAAGAUGGUAACUUCUAUCUCUUCAACGACGAAGCAUGGGUAAAGACCUCCAACGGAUGCAAUCCUCCUUGGGGAAUUCUUGGAAAGUCACUGGAGGAUAUCCCAGGAUAUUGCUGCAAGGGGUGGAAAGCACCCAAACCCAAGCUUGACUGGUAG